CUGCAGUUGUUCUGACUACGUCCACUGCUGCUUCCCACAUGUGUUGAAUAAGAGAAGGAGAAGAAAAGGAAGAAAGGAGCAGUCGAGAGUUGUGACUCCAGAUAGUUUCUUCUUGUCUUCAUGUGUAUGGUAACACCUGUUAGUAUUCUUUGCGACUUUCCUCUACUUCGUUUAAUAAAAUUUCUACCUUUCUCUACUUCUCAUGGUAGGAACAAGUGAUCAACAUAUGGGUCCCUUUUUCCUCAAACAUCCUACAGUGUUCAUGGCACUCUCUCUCCUUCUCAUCUUUUCUAGCUACCACAGUAAUCCCUUCUCUUCAGCAUUUCUCACUUUGUUAAUCUUGGCUUUUUCCGCUUCUUUCCCAUUGUUCCUUGCUAAGUUGAGACAAUUUUGCAAGCCCAACACUAUGGAGAAGCCACCAGAACUAGAGGUUUGUCUGCAGGAUCUGCCCCAGCAUGAGAUUCUUGAGGAAAAUAAGGCAACCCAAGAAGAAACAGGCAAGUUUCCACAUGAAGAAUUAGUCACCAACCCAUCAUUGGAAUCUGAAGACAUAAAUGGAGGUGAGAGAGAUGAGCAUGCAUUGUUGAAUGCUCUAGUUUGUAGUGACAAAGAUGUGUUGGAAAAUCCAACUCCAUCAGAAUGCUUGGAUUAUUCACUCUGUGAUGAUGAUCCUUUGCCGGAGCAUUUGCAUCAGUUGGCGGAAUGCUCGGAAGGUUCAAUAUCAGAUGAUGACAACCUCAUUGAGAUUGAGAUCCCCCAUGGGAAUUAUGUAGCAACAGGGGAGUCAAAAUCACAGUUAACGCCAGAGCUGAGAGGAGGUUUUCUUCUGGACUUUUUACCAGAAACAGUGUGCAGGCAACAUGGGCUAAUGGAGCUAUUAUCAGAGAUUAAUGAGGAAGACAAUUUAAUAGAGAUCGACAUUGCUAGGGGCUCCAUCAAAUGUUCAAGGGUGGGAAUCAAGGCAUGAACCAGGGAUUGAUGCACCAAGGAGCACAAGUCAUUGCCAAAAAAAUAUCCACAAUUUAUUUUUGGAAGGGGACAGGCCAGGUGGCAAGGGGAGUGCUAAUGGUUGCAUCUACCAUACCCUGAGGUUGUCUUUACUCAUGCUCCAUCUAUUUUCUGUAUUCUGUUAUGGUCAAAAGGAUAAGUGAUGCACAUCAAAAAAAAAAGAAAAAUGAAAAAUCAAAAGCUUGGGCAGCAACACUCCUAUGCUAG